AUGACUCUAUCCCAGCCACAUGUUGCGAACUGCGUUCCAACCUUAAGCCUUCCAGAGAGCCAUGAGGGUGAUACCGGCACCCCGUCGGAUCCCUACGUGAGUGCAGUUUCGCCAAGGCAGCACAUUGAACCGGAGAAGAUGAAUUGGGCGAGGAAAUGUGCGCGAUAUUGGACGGUGGCGCGUUGGCGUCUGUCACGUACUAUUUUCUCGGUUCCCAUUCCGAUGCUCACGCCACGCUUCGACAUCAAGCUUGGUGACCUGAUCGUCACAUUCCCGCUGCUUAUGUUUCUCCUGGGCAUGGCGGUAUUCUUUACAGUCGAGCACGAAGUUAAAACGUCUGGUGCACCAGCGACAUUCACGAUGUUGUUUGUGUUCGUUUUGGUAGUGCGAAACAAUUCGCUCUUACUCGCACUCACGGGUAUCCCCUUCGAACGUGCGUUGUUCUACCACAAACUGUUGUCUUAUGCGACGAUCGUGUUGACGGUGGUGCAUGCCUACGCGUAUUAUGCGGCGCCUGACGAACAUGUACAAACAGCGGAUGAAGAUAUGGACUUCAAACUCUUGACUGGAUAUGUCGCGUUCGUGGCCAUGGUCGUCUUGUGUUUAUUGUCUGUAAACAAAAUUCGCCGUCGCUUCUUCGAGUUUUUCUUACGCACUCAUUGGAUCCUCUUCAUCGUCGCUGUGGUGUUUGCGUCGCUGCAUGGUGCUCCCUAUAUUCUGGUAGGAGUCAUUCCUUGGUUCGUGGACAUGCUUUAUCGCCUAGCCAUCCGAACUCGCAAGUACUCUAAAGGUUCCUUGAAGCCCACCGAGGUUUCAACUGGAAUAGUUGCUCGGGAUCAGGUGUCGGUCCAUACGUUGCCCGGAGACAUUACGCUUAUUCAGUUCCCACGCGUUCGCAAAGAUACCGGUGACGCAUUCGAGUACGAAGCUGGUCAGUACGCGUUCAUUUGCAUUCCGACAAUUUCCUAUCUCGAGUGGCAUCCGUUCACGAUCUCAUCUUCUCCCAACGAAGCCAUGGUGACGUUUCACACUAAAAAACUGGGUGAUUGGACGAAGAAGGUGAGAACUGCUGCUAUUGACACUAACAAUGACUCCCCAUUUGACAUUCUCCUGGAUGGACCUUAUGGCAACGUUUCCGUCGAUAUCGCCACUCCGGGAGUGUACUCACAUUACGUUCUGUUCUCUGGCGGCAUUGGUGUGACUCCGAUGCGGUCAAUUGUCAACUGGUUGUACACUGAACACCGCGAAGGCUAUCGUCCUGAUAUCAAGAAUGUUCACUUCGUAUGGUCUGUACGCGACCGUGACCUUAUUCAAGCGCUCGUCGAUGGUACGGAGCUGCAUCAUGAGACUAACAACUGCGAAUCCUAUUUCCCACCGCGAAUCCAAGACGUGAACGAAGCAGGAAGCACGUUCUUUAGUGAGUUUUACCUCACGCGAGGUGAGAAGGACGUUGAAGCUCAACUCGACCACCAGCUCCGCAACUGUCUUAGAUAUGGUUCUCGCCCUGACGUGACAAAAAUUCUACGAUCCAUGGGUGAAAAGGCAAAGCAAGAUGACAGCACUCGAGUAGCUGUGCUGGUCUGUGGACCAAAGCCAUUGGUGAAUGGCGUCGUGGCCACUGGCAUGACCCUCUCCAAGGAGAUGAAGAUCCAGUUCGACGUUCACACCGAGUUGUUCGACUUUUAG